AAAUAUGUAUGUACUCUUGUUCAAUUCAAUUGAUGGGUAAUUUAUUUGAAUUGAAAUUUGUCUGGCAAAAUACAAAUAAAUUGAAUAGAAAAAAACAACAAUAAUAAAUAAAGAAUUCAAGUCAUUUAUGAACUAAGAUAUUAAUUGACAUUCAAUUUCAAAACAAACCUAGACAAUUCUAAAGUGAACUGCAACUGACUGCCUACAACAACAAUAACAACCAGCAUCUGAUGCAGAUAAAUUGUUUCAAGUGAUGAAUUUGUUUGGCAUAAACAUUAAACUGUGGUUAUUCUAAUUAAUAUUGAGCUCAGAAUUGAAAGAGUAUUUUAAUUUUACUCUCCAAAAAAAUAAUAAAACAAAUAUAGCUACUUUGCUCUAUAGCUGCCCAAUAAACUGUAAAAUAAUUGUGUUAUUUUGAAUAUUUCUUUGUGUGACUCGAGUCGUUACUUAACGAAUCAGAUGUGGUGAUCGUCGUCGAUGUCGUCGUCAAAAUCUACUAUUAUUUAUUAGUAUAGUACAUAUGAAUGUAUGUAUAUGGAGUAAAUUAGUUAUCUCGCAAGCAAAUAAAACAGCUUCAAGUAUCAUUUCAUUUAUUUUAUAAAUAUUUUUUUUGCACACAAGAUACUUGUAUAGCAAUAACAAUUAUAUUGCUACUACUACUAUACUACUAUAGAUUGUACUAAUACGAAUGGAAAUUGUGGCAGGGCCGCACAUUCAUUGAUCGUUUAGCUCUCAACGUUCUUACACUCGUUUCGAAGCUGUUGUUCCGUUUUGUACGUUAUUUGGUCUGUCGUACGCGUUCGCUGGUGGUUGUCUCAACCAAGGUUCUGCUAAGAUGUUGGUCUCCUUUCGUCAUGCGAAGCCUUGCUUCGUUGUGUUAAAAUUGCUCCACUAACGUGUGAUAUUACCGACUACCGUGUUUUCAUCUUUUUUUGGGGAAAAUAAAAACUAAAAAAAAGAAAAUUUUAUAAAAAUUUCAACAAAAAAAAGUGUUACAAAACCAAAAACACGCCUUUGCAAAAAAUAAUAGAAAUUCUUAGAUAAGAAAGUAAAAACAAAUUUGUUUUAAAAAAAAAGUGUGAACAAAUUAUUAAAAUAAAGUGUGAUAAAGAAUACAAAAAAGUUAUCAAUAUAUAUACUCAUACUACAAAAAUUAUAACAGAAUUUAUAAAAAAUAAAUACAAAUAAAUGCAAAUACCUAUAAAACAAACAAAAAAAUAAUAAUAAAAAACGUGAGUUAAACUUGUUCAAAUUCUUAAUAUAAAAGAAAACAUUACAAAUAAUUUCACAGAAUAAAAAUUAAACGCGAUCAUUGCGCAUCUCAAACAAAACGCUAACAAAACUUUGAAAAUUAAUAUCCUUCAAAACGGCUCCUUUAACAUUCUAACAUAACAAACAUAACGGAUUUAGUUUUUUCCCAACAAAAAACAAAACAUUUGAUUUUUAUCAAAACCAAUUGUUUACAAUAAAUGGAGAAAAUUGAACAAGAAUUUCAUAUGAGUUCUUCCUUCUUCAUCCAUGAGUAUCCUGAGAGUUUUAUGUGCCUGAUCAACAAGAUGCUGUUAAAAGUUGAGAAUACUCUAUUGCGUAGCCAUCGUCAGAGAGAGACCACCGGUAUUAAGAAACUCUACAAUUCGUUUUUUGUAUUGUUUUAAUUGGUUUGUGGUAUGAACAAAUUUACAUCCGUCUCUUUGUUGCCGGUCAAAUAAAUUAUUUGUAUUAAACUUUAAACGUGUAUUAAAAAAAAAA